GAGGCCAGGCAUCGAACCUGCAACCUCAUGGUUCCUAGUUGGAGUCUUUUCUCUGCGCCACGGGGAACUCCCUCAUUUCCUCGGCCUUGAUCUGGGGAUUUCACGUCGCACUAACACAGGUUGAGGCCCUCUUGGUUGUACAAGCCCCUCCCAGUAGGCCAGGAAGCCCACGGUAGCUAGAAAACUUUUUGCAGGUAGCUGCCAGAGCACAGUGGAGCAAUAACUGUGUGGGCAUCUUACUGGAAAUGGCAGCACGGGUGUCUAACCAGAAAGUGUGAUAAGUGGAGAUAAGUUGUGCCAUCUCUGUUGUUUGUUGUGAAUCUUAAGAUUUAAAAGUGUUCUUUGUCUGGUAGGUGCUGUGUCUUAUUUAUAAGGGCUUUAUCGUUUCAUUCUCACCUUUUACUCACCCCUGAUAAUGGUGCUGCAAAGAGCCGCGUCUGACCCUGUUCUGUGGAGCUGAUGGUAACUCAUUAUACAUCCCAGUGGCCCUGGGAGGACAUGUCCAAGGAUGGUGACACUCCCCCUGCAGCGGCCGCCGUGGCAGAUGGUGCCCACCUGCUGGGCUUCUCAGAUGAGAUCCUCCUGCACAUCCUGAGCCACAUCCCCAGCACAGACUUGGUUCUGAACGUGCGGCGCACCUGCCGGAAGCUCGCGGCUCUGUGCCUGGACAAGAGCCUCACGCACACCGUGCUGCUGCAGAAGGACUACGAGGCCAGCGAGGACAAGGUGAAGCAGCUCGUGCGGGAGAUCGGCCGGGAGGUGCAGCAGCUCAGCAUGGCCGGCUGCUACUGGCUGUCGGGCGCCACCGUCGAGCACGUGGCCCGCUGCCGCGGCCUGGUCAAGGUGAACCUGGCGGGCUGCCACCUGACCUCCCUGCGCCUCUCCAAGGUGCUGUCGGCCCUGCAGCACCUGCGCUCCCUGGCCAUCGACGUGAGCCCCGGCUUCGACGCCAGCCAGCUGAGCAGCGAGUGCAAGGCCACGCUGAGCCGCGUGCGGGAGCUCAAGCAGACGCUGUACACGCCCUCGUACGGCGUGGUGCCCUGCUGCACCAGCCUCGAGAAGCUGCUGCUCUACUUCGAGAUCCUGGACCGCACACGCGAGGGCGCCGUCCUGUCGGGCCAGCUCAUGGUGGGCCAGAGCAACGUGCCGCACUACCAGCACCUGCGCGUCUUCUACGCCCGCCUGGCGCCCGGCUACAUCAACCAGGAGGUGGUGCGCCUGUACCUGGCCGUGCUCAGCGACCGCACGCCCGAGAACCUGCACGCCUUCCUCAUCUCUGUGCCCGGCAGCUUCGCCGAGAGCGGGGCCACCAAGAACCUCCUGGAGUCCAUGGCCCGCAACGUGGCGCUGGACGCCCUGCAGCUGCCCAAGUCCUGGCUCAACGGCUCGGCCCUGCUCCAGCACAUGACCUUCAGGCGGCCCUUCUACUUCAGCUUCAGCCGCUGCGCCCUGUCGGGCGGCCACCUGAUCCAGCGCGUCCUCAACGGCGGGAGGGACCUGCGGAGCCUGGCCAGCCUGAACCUCAGCGGCUGCGUGCACUGCCUGGCGCCCGACUCCCUGCUCCGCAAGGCGGAGGACGACAUCGACAGCGGCAUCCUGGAGACGCUGGUGGCCGCCUGCUGCAACCUGCGGCACCUCAACCUGUCGGCCGCCCACCACCACAGCCCCGAGGGCCCCGGCCGCCACCUCUGCCAGCUGCUGGCCCGGCUGCGCCACCUGCGCUCCCUGUCCCUGCCCGUCUGCGCCGUGGCCGACUCGGCCCCGCGGGCCGACCGCGCGCCCGCCCAGCCCGCGAUGCACGCCGUGCCCCGCGGCUUCGGCAAGAAGGUCCGCGUGGGCGUGCAGACCUGCCCCAGCCCCUUCCCCGGGCAGGCGGGCCCCCAGCCGGCCUCCGUGUUCUGGUCGCUGCUGAAGAGCGUGCCCUUCCUGGACCGCCUCGAGCUGAUCGGCUCCAACUUCUCCUCGGCCAUGCCACGCAACGAGCCCGCCAUCCGCAACUCCCUCCCGCCCUGCAGCCGGGCGCAGAGCGUCGGGGACUCGGAGGUGGCUGCCAUCGGCCAGCUGGCCUUCCUGAGGCACCUGACGCUGGCCCAGCUGCCCAGCAUCCUGACGGGCUCCGGGCUGGUCAGCAUCGGCCUGCAGUGCCAGCAGCUGCAGUCCCUCUCACUGGCCAACCUGGGCAUGAUGGGGAAGGUGGUCUACACGUCGGCCCUCUCGGACAUGCUGCAGCACUGCAAGCGGCUGAAGGACCUCAGGCUGGAGCAGCCUUACUUCAGCGCCAACGCCCAGUUCUUCCAGGCGCUGAGCCAGUGCUCUGCGCUGCAACGCCUGUGCCUGGUGUCGCGCAGCGGCACCCUGCAGCCCGAGGCCGUGCUGGCCUUCAUGGCACGCUGCCUGCACGUCGUCGUGUGCCACCUCUUCACCGGCGAGUCCCUGAGCACCUGCAGGAGCCUCCAGCAGUCCCUUCUCCGCAGUUUCCAGGCCGAGCGGCCCGCGCUGAACGUCGUCGUCUUCCCUCUGCUCCACGAGGGCCUGACGGACGUCAUCCGGGACGUCCCCAUGGUGCACCUGGACGAGGUCACCCUAUUUAAGAGCAGAGUGGCCGAGGAGCCCCCAAACCUGUGGUGGUGACAGGAGCGGGCCCCCCGCCCGUCGCCGCCUGUGGCCUCUGAGACUCCGUGGCUGAGGAGGCAGGACUGCUCCGGACAGGCGUGUGGCCUCCGGCCUCCGCCACGGCUGCUGCUCCCCGCGCCCGCAGGCCCCGGGAUCCCCUCUGCGCCCCAAGAGGAAGGAAGCCCCCUCCCUGACCAUCCCGCGCCCCCGCCUCGUCCCCCGGGGGCCGCUGGGGACUCCGCUCCGUGAUGUUGGGGCCGAGACGCGCGAGGAGGAGGAGGAGGCGCGAGGGCGGCCUUCGAGUGAGGAGCACACCACCGGGGCGCCGACUCCUCGGGGGCCGGGUCCCCCCAUGCCCAGCAGUGUCCUUCCCUUUGCUCUCGUGUUCCUGGUCCCCUGCCUCCGGGCUCUGGGCAGGGGGCCCGGUGCGGGCUGGCCGUGCUUGUGUGUUGGUGGACGCUCUCGCCCUGUGCGCCGUCCACGCCGGCCUCCUGCACGGCCACCUGGUGACGGCGUGCCUGCGGCUCCCCCGCGGCCACGCGCCUGAGGCCGUGAGGACCUUGCAGGUGGUGCGGCUGGGGCUGCAGGUUUGGGUUCUCGUUCCUUUCAGCCCAGUCGUGUCUCCGGCAGUUUCCAGCCAGAUGCUGUCCGGGCAGGUUCAGGACCGGCUGCCGGCCGGGGGCGGGGACCCAGGAGCGCUGGGCAGGGCCUCCCGCUCUGAAGGCCGCAGGCCCCUGUAAAGAUCCGUGUUUCCGGGGAAACCGAUAGACCUGCUUCACGAGAAAAACUUGAAAUAGUACAAUGCCGAAUGGGUGUGUGAGGCCCGGGCAGCGAUCACGUUACCCCAUUGCAGACAGCUUCAUUGAGCACUUUAAAAAAACUCAGCGCAGCUCUUCCAAAAACGAGGGCCGGCCUCCCAGGGUCCAGGGCCUCAGCCUUCCCAGCGGGGACGCCCCUUGGCCUCUGGGCUUCUGAGGGACCCUGGGUGGGUUCCCUCCACCCUCUCGCCUCCGACAUUCCCGGUGAUGCUCCUGGAAACUUCCAGGAAACGCUGAGCCUUGUCGCAGCAGCUUCUAGCCAGGGGCACCUGGGUGUGGCCAGAGCCUGCCUCCCCAGGACCCCGGGGGUUGGGGCCCGUCUGGCCCCUGGCAUCCCUCUCCCUCUGGGCUGAGGGUGCACAGUCUGCCAGGCCUGCCUCAUGCUGCUGCUGCCGCCUGUCUGGGCUGCCCCCUGUCUUCCUCCUCUGUCCCCUGUAGCCUGGCCCGCAGUUGGCCCUUUAAAGACCCGGUCCCAGGGCCUUCAUUCGCCUGCCCUUCCCUGGCUUCUCAGGAGGCAGACAGCCCAGCAGCCCCACCACACCAGGCUCAGGGGUCUGGGAGGCCUUCGGGCUCGGCUGCGGGAGCCAAGUGCUCCUAGGGCCUGGGUCCCGGGACUCGCCAGCCCGAGUGCCCUGCUUGGUUCUCCAUGAGUGCCGUCUGUCCGGCAGCCUCCUUCCAUCCCAGCUGCCUUCACUGAGCAGACAGGGCCUCCUCCCGCACCCUGCUUUUCUUGCUGUGGCUGCAGCUGGCUCCUGCCUGGAGCGUAGGGUACCCUCCUUACCCGCUGGGCUGUGGCUUCAACUUUUGGCCUCCCAGCUGGAAGAGCUGUCUGCCAGCCCCUCCUGGUGAAUCCCCUGCACCAGAGCUACAGCCUGACCUCAACCUUCCUGGUCCUGACCUGACCUGAGGAGCAGGGCCAAGGCCCUGUUAGGGCUACACAGCUGUGGAUGAGGUCUGAGAUGUCGUGCCCCCCCCCCCCCCAGUUCCUGGGUACUCCGUUCCAGUGGUACCUUGAGACCCCAGGAGGGGGACCCGGAAGGGGGCAGCGUGGUGGCUGACUGCCCUUUACCCUCAACACCAGGGUGUGGCCAGCCACAGCCUGACCUGCAGGACAGCGCAGCCCAGGCCACCUCUGGGACCUCUGGGCCCUGCUUGGGGACAUUCCUCCUGUCCUCCAGGGCAGCGUGGGCUCAGGCCCCAGAGGGAUCUUUCCACUAGGAGUUUAUCCACAGGCAUUGCCUGAAGGGCCUUUUCUCACGAGUAAGCACUUUUAACCAGCAGCAUCAUUUAUGCCACGAACAGGGAAGGAGGGGCGGUGCACGAGAGGCUGAGGUACCAGCGGCCUUGGAAAGCAGCCCCCGAACAGUAGGCUUAGUAUUUUUAGUGCCCCCCAACCAUCCUUUACUUAGAGCAAGAACUUCCGCUGCUUCUACGCCCGAGACAGGACUCACCAGAUGUUAAUAAUGUGCUUAUUCUCGCUAAGUGCUAUUUUGGCACCGGUGUUAAUUGCAAUUUAUAUUCUGCAGCCUUUUACGCUGGGAAAAGAACCCACCCUAAUGGUCCCCAAUUGGCAGAACGGGGCUGUUAAGCGGCUGACCAUAUGCUGCCUGCUGAGAGGAGCCUGGUCCGCACUGCAGCCCGUGUGUGCGCGCGUGUGCAUCUGUGUGCCCGCGUGUGCAUCUGUGUGCCCGCACGUGUGCGUGUGGUAUGCGGGGGGGGCCGGCUCCAUGGUGCGCAUGCGUGGUGCGUGCGUGCGCCGGAGUCGCGCGGGAGGCGGGCGAGAAGGAGGCGUUGAGGGCCUUUCUCUCUCUGUUGAGACGCCCCCGACUCCCGGGGCCGCCUCUGCCUCUGCCCCGCGCGCCCACCGCCCGGCCCGCUCCUGGGGCGGUGGCUUCGCGGCCGCGCCGCCAAGCAGGCCGGCCGCCGGGCCCGGAGGUGCGCAGACGCCGCCCCCGCCCUCGGCGGCUCUUCUCGGGACGUGCGGGGGCCUUGGCGUCCGAGCCCAGGGCUGAGGACACUGCGGUCUCAGGCGCUGCGGCCCGGGCGCCCGCCGCCUGCCCGCUGCCCUUCCGAGGCCCCGCGGCCGGCUGCGCAGGGCGGGGGGCCGAGGGCGACACCCCUUAGUCGCCCUGGAGCCGCAGGCCACUGGGCCCGGGGGCAGAGGCUUGGCAGAGGCCGGGCCAGGCGGGGGGGGGGGGGGGGGGGCCUCUGCCGGCCCGAGGGUCUGAACCAGCAGCCGCAGCCGGUGAGGCCCGAGGCGAGGGAGGCUGGAGUCCCCUCCCGCCCCUCCGACAGGAAAGGGACAGGGCUGCUCGGAGGGGCUCAGGCACCCAGAGCCUGGUCGCCAGUCUCACUGGCCUCCGGGGCGCAGGAUUCUAAUUAGAAGCGUCCGAGGUCUUGUGAGAUGGACAGAUGCCCACAGAGAUUUAAACGAACGGCGGGGCUGACACAGGCUGACCACUGUGGUCUAAAGUACUCUCUAAAGGGCGUUUCUGUCGUGGCUCAGCCGUUAAGGAAUCCGACUAGGAACCAUCGGGUUGUGAGUUCGAUCCCUGGCCUCGCUCUGUGGGUUAAGGAUCCAGCGCUGUUGUGAGCUGUGGUGUUAAGUCACAGACGUGGCUCGGAUCCCGCGUUGCUGUGGCUCUGGUGCAGGCCGGCGGCUUCAGCUCCAAUUGGACCCCUAGCCUGGGCACCUCCAUACACCGCAGGUGUGGCCCUAAAAAGACAAAAAAUAAUAAUGGUCUUUCAAAAAACACUGAAGUAUGAGGUUUUGCAUUAAUAUCACAGGGUCGGGGUGCCUGCUGGACAUGGAGAUGGGGGUGACCAGGGCAGAGUCAGAGGCUGCCCUUGGGCUAAAUCUGACUUGGGAGGGGCUUUGCAGAGGGGGGCGGGCAGGGGCCUGCGCCUGUGCACCUGACACCCCGCAGCUGGACCUUCCCAGCCCCAGACCGCGCCCCUCACUGGCCGGUUGUGCUCAGCAGGUGAGCGGUUUUGAGGGGGGCGGAGGUGAGUGCCAGUGUGUCCCGCAGCAUGUGUGUGACCAGGUGCUAAAUGACCGAACGUGUCACCUGCCUUUCGAUGACAGACCUCCCGGUCCUCCGGGGAGGCCGCUCCUGAAUUUUGUGUUCCAACUACAUUUUGAAUGGGUAUUUCCAUGUAAAUUUGUGGCAUGUGGAAAGUUUCAAAUAAAGUGGACUUGAUUUAGAAAAC